CCCAGUUUGCCUGCCUCCCCAAGCUGGGCACCCAGGUGUGCCAAGAGCGUCCCCCUGCUGGUUGGACAGGUUUGGGGAAGGGCACGCAGAGGCACGGGGCCCAGGCGGGGCCGGCCAGGGUUAAUUAGAGGGAGCUGGAGGAGAGGGGCUGAGCGGAGACCGAGCAGAGGCCGAACCUCCACGGCCCCUGGGACAUUGGUUCGCGAGGCCAUGGGCCGGGGCUUAAAUUCUGCCAGACUCAGGCGCCAGAAACGGCGCCUGCGGCCUCGGGUCCAGAAGCCCAGGCAGCAGCCAGAGCGGCUGCAGCAGGAGAAUCACGAGCUCCGCCGGGGCCUGGCAGCCCGGGGAGCCGAAUGGGAAGCCAGGGCGGUGGAGCUGGAGGGGGACGUGGAGGCCCUGCGGGCCCAGCUGGGGGAGCAGCGCUCAGAGCAGCAGGACAGCGGGCGCGAGCGUGCGCAGGCCCUCCGCGAACUCGGGGAGCAGAACCUCCGGCUGAGCCAGCAGCUGGCCCAGGCCUCCCAGACUGAGCAGGAGCUUCAGAGAGAACUGGAUGGCCUUCGGGGGCAGUGCCAGUCUCAGGUCCUGGCGGGAGCAGAGCUGAGGACGCGGCUGGAGAGUCUGCAGGGGGAGAACCAGAUGCUGCAGAGCCGCCGGCAGGACCUGGAGGCCCAGAUCCGAGGCCUGCGUGAGGAGGUGGACAAGGGCCAGGGCAGGCUACAGGCAACCCACGAGGAGCUGCUGAUACUGCGGCGUGAGAGGCGGGAGCAUAGCCUGGAGCUGGAACGCGCGCGCUCCGAGGCCGGGGAGGCGCUGAGCGCGCUGCGGAGGCUGCAGAGGCGCGUGUCCGAGCUGGAGGAGGAGUCGCGUCUGCAGGACGCCGACGUGUCGGGAGCCUCGCUGCAGUCGGAACUUGCCCAUAGCCUCGACAGCGACCAGGACCGGAAGGCAGACGGACACCGAGACGCCCGGGACACCCUGUGCCCUGAGAUCCAAGAGGCGCUCAGCCACCAGUCUUCGCCCCAGGAGGAGAGCUUGGAGCCUCCCAAGAAGCGAGCAUCCCUGAGCCCAGGGGAGAUACUAGAGGAGAAGGAGGCCGAAGUGGCCCGGCUGCAGGAUGAGAUGGCGCUGCAGCGGGCCGAGUUGCAAUCCCUCCGGGAGGAGCUGCAAAGGCAGAAGGAGUUGCGGGCACACGAGGACCCCGAGGAGGCCCUUAGGGGCGCCCUCUCGGAUCGAGAUGAAGCCGUGAACAAGGCCCUGGAACUGUCCCUAGAGCUCAGCCGCGUCUCUCUGGAGCGGGACUCGCUCUCCCGGGAGCUGUUUCGCACUAUCCGCCAGAAGGUGGCGCUGACGCAAGAGCUGGAGGCCUGGCAGGACGACAUGCAGGUGGUGAUCGGCCAGCAGCUGCGCUCGCAACGCCAGAAAGAGCUGAGCGCCACCGAAUGUGGCCCGCGCCGCGCCGCGCCGCGCUUCUCCCUGCGCCUGGGCCCUGGGCCCGCCGGCGGCUUCCUGAGCAGCCUCUUCCGAAGGACCUGACGGCCGGGCCCAGGGGGCAGCGCGUGCCCGCUGGUUCGCUUUCCUCUUCUGGCCAAUGUAGCAACAGGGCCCCGAUCGUCUUCCAGACGGGGCUGGUAGCUUCCCCACUCAGGGAGGCUGGGCAAAGUCACACUGGGAGCAGGGGCCAGCUUUGGGGGUCAGGGGCCCCAGGUGGGUGGCGGCGCAGGUGGGGCAGAGCUGAGUCUUAUAUCUAUACAGGACUAUAUUUUCUAAACACUCUGGGCCUGGCAUGUUCCAGGGCAGAGAUGGGGGUGGGUAUUUAUGUAUCAAGAUCAAACAGAGUAAUAUAUAAAAAUUAUUACACUGA